AAAUAGCAAACCUUGAAAACCGUCAACGACCUCCCGACAGAUUUCAUUUCCCCCGACUCCCCAUCUCUCUCUCUCUGCAACAUUUUUCUUACAGCCUUUCAUUCGUGAUUCUCUCUCUUUGUUGAGGAAAUUUGAACAAAUUGGAGUUGCUUCAGAGCUUGAUUCAUGAACACAGAACAGUGGUGCUGAUGGCCCCCGGUGUGCAGUUCACAUUGUUCCAACUUUUGCUCACAUUGUUUCUUAUCCUAGACUUGGUGAAAAAGGGAGGUGCGGGAAUUACAAGUACUUUUACUCGCUCUCAGUGGCAAUCUUUUGAUAUUCCUCUUGACAACAAAGUAUUUGCUAUUCCUACUGGUUACAAUGCUCCACAGCAAGUGCGUAUUACUCAAGGUGACUAUGAUGGAAAGGCUGUAAUAAUCUCAUGGGUUACAGCUGAUGAACCAGGGCCUUCCAAAGUCCAAUAUGGCACAUCAGAAAAGAAAUAUGACCUUAGUGCAGAUGGCAAAGUGACAAAUUACACCUUUUACAAUUAUAAAUCUGGCUAUAUUCAUCACUGUCUUGUUGACGGUCUAGAGUAUGAGACCAAGUACUAUUACAAGAUUGGAUUAAGUGCUUCUUCUCGAGAGUUUUGGUUUCAAACGCCUCCAAAGAUUGACCCAGAUUCUCCGUUUACAUUUGGAAUUAUUGGUGAUUUGGGUCAAACAUAUAAUUCUCUUUCCACUCUGGAGCAUUACAUGCAGAGUGGAGGUCAGACUGUCUUAUUUGUUGGUGAUCUCUCUUAUGCUGAUAGAUAUCAAUACAAUGAUGUUGGUAUUCGAUGGGAUUCAUGGGGUCGCUUUACUGAGAGAAGCACUGCUUAUCAACCAUGGAUUUGGUCAGCUGGGAAUCAUGAGAUAGAAUACAUGCCAGAUGUGGGAGAAGUUAUUCCAUUUAAAUCAUACCUACAUAGAUACAGUACACCUUAUUUGGCAUCCAGAAGCAAUAAUCCUCUCUGGUAUGCUAUCCGACGGGCAUCAGCUCAUAUAAUUGUCCUAUCCAGCUAUUCUCCACAUGUGAAAUACACACCCCAAUGGCAGUGGCUACGAGAUGAGCUAAAAAGAGUGGAUAGAAAGAAGACACCCUGGCUUAUCGUUGUCAUGCAUGUCCCCAUCUACAAUAGUAACCAAGCUCACUUUAUGGAGGGUGAAAGCAUACGAGUUGUCUUUGAGCGCUGGUUUGUUCAUUACAGAGUUGAUUUCAUCUUUGCUGGCCAUGUCCAUGCCUAUGAAAGAUCAUAUCGCAUCUCAAAUAUCCGUUAUAAUGUAUCAAGUGGUGACCGCUAUCCUGUGCCUGACAGAUCAGCUCCAGUGUAUGUAACAGUCGGAGAUGGAGGAAAUCAGGAAGGUCUUGCUGGAAGGUUUUGGGACCCACAACCAGAAUAUUCUGCAUUCCGUGAAGCCAGUUAUGGUCAUUCCACAUUGGAGAUAAAGAACCGAACCCAUUCAUUCUUGCACUGGCAUCGAAAUGAUGAUGGGCAAAGGGUUCCCGCUGAUUCUGUAGUAUUCCUCAAUCGACACUGGGCAAGCAAUCUACGGAGGAGGAAACUCAAGAAGAAUCAUCUUAAGGCUAGAGGAGAAAUCAAUUUCUGAAAAUAUUUUGUUAAAAGCUUUGUCAAUUCUUGAAUCCAUUUUUUGGCUUCUCCGUAUUCCUCAAUGCACAUGAUGGUUUAAUGAAUCUCUUCUAGUAUUGCAGAAUUCACCACUGCAUCAUAGAAUAACGAGCCAUGAUUCAUCUUGGAUUUCAAGCAAAGAGAUGCAGUCCAAAUGCCCUAGGGAACACAUUUUGUAACUUACAGAGCAUUACCAUAUUCUUUUUCAGGUAGAUGAUUAAUCAAUACGGUUUCUGGUAUAGGUGAUUUUGUGUUAUUCAUAGAAAAAUAUAUAAAAUUUCUACAUCAUUUGUUACCAUAAGUAAAACGUUCUUUGUAGCUAUACCAAAUGUCUUGUAAUGACACCAUGCAAAGGAUGAUGUGAUUAAUACAAUGAAGUGAUUACAUUUUGA